CCCAAGUCAAUGGAUGGACCAAAUGAUUCAGUGGUUUCUGAGUUUGUAUUGCUGGGACUCUCUGGUUCUUGGGAAACCAAAGUUUUUCUCACACUGAUAUUCUCCUUCAUCUAUUUGGGGAUCAUCCUGGGAAAUCUCUUCAUUUUGUUUUUGGUAAUUUUUGAUUCUCAUUUACAUUCUCCUAUGUACUUCCUGCUUGCCAACUUGUCUUUUAUUGAUGUGGGCGUUGCCUCUACCACAGUGCCCAAGAUGAUUACAGACCUUUUAAAUGGAUACAAGAUAAUCUCUUUCCAAGGUUGUAUGACACAAAUAUGCUUCAUCCACAUCAUGGGAGGAGUGGAGAUGGUGUUACUCAUAGCCAUGGCAUUUGACAGGUACACGGCAAUCUGCAAGCCUCUUCACUACUUGAACAUCAUGAACCCUAAAAUAUGUGUUUCAUUUGUACUCACUGGCUGGGUAACUGGGGUGAUCCAUGCUAUGUCUCAGUUUGUUUUCAUUAUAAACUUGCCCUUUUGUGGUCCUAACAAAGUGGACAGCUUUUAUUGUGACUUUCCCAGGAUCAUAAAACUUGCGUGCACAGAUGGAGUCAAGUUUGAGUUCAUUGUUGCUGCCAACAGUGGCUUCAUGAGCAUGAGCACCUUCUUCCUGCUAAUCCUUUCUUAUAUCUUCAUUUUGGUCACUGUCUGGAAACGUUCUUUGGGAGAUUUAUCCAAGGCAUUUGUCACUUUGUCAGCUCAUAUCACUGUGGUGGUUCUUUUUUUCACUUCAUGCAUGUUUCUCUAUGUAUGGCCUUUCCCCAGAUCAUCAAUUGACAAAUAUCUGUUCAUUGCUGACUUUGCUAUUACCCCUGUCUUAAAUCCCAUUAUAUAUACAUUAAGGAACAAAGAUAUAAAGGCAGCCAUAAAAAGACUGAGCAAACAAAAACAUUAUAUCAAAUUUUGCUGA